AUGAGUAUUUAUCAUUGGAAAUUAGGUGAUGUUGCCCUUGCGAAGAUAUGUAAGAAGGCUUAUGCAAAAGUUCAUGUUGUGUAUGAUAAAAAAGGCCUGUUUUAUGAUACGAAAGUUUUAGGUAUAUCAGCAAACGAAGACGGCAGCAUCACAGUGACGGAAGAACUUUGCUAUUAUGUUGAGAUUAUUCGAACUAAAGAAAGACUAUGGCUUCCAUACACCUGCCUCCAUUUAGCUGAGAGAUCUCGGCCUUUCUAUGGGCCUGCAGACAAGACAACUCCACCUAAACCCAGUAAAACCUCUUCUGAUAUGCCUAAAAAGAGAAAAAUCAAACAAGACCAUACCCUGCCAUUUAGCGUGAAGAUAUCAAAAAGUUACAAAGAGCCAGAUCUUAACACCACUUACGAUAUCCGUCACAUGCCGUUAAAGCAAGGGAAAUAUGAGAAUGCUUUCAGCGAGUUUGUGCGCCGAGGCAAGGAAAUGCUAUUCGAUCAGUACUUCAUAAUCCUCCAAACUGCUUUAGUACGAGAUGACGAUUGCUUGGAUUACCUGUUAAACGUUGAUGCGAGCACGGAAGACAAGUUUGAGAUGGUGAUCAAGAAAAUAGCUACGGAGAAAGAGUUGGAAAAUUACCUGCAUCAAUGUUGGAGGUAUAACUUCAUAUGCAAGCAGAGUGAUAGUAAAGAUACACCGGAGAAAUCAAAUGCCACAUCUCCCCAGAAAGCUGCUAUAACCCUCCACAUACCGUGGUGCCUCGUCUGCGGCAAGGGUAGCAAGCUGCGCGAGUGCCCCAACUGUCCCUCUUCCUUCCACCCUGUAUGCAGGCGCGAGUGGCUGGUCACUAUCAUACACCGCAAGAACCCUCCCAAGAAGGCGGUCAAGCAGGUGACCCUAGUAGAGAAGAUUCUCUCCAGCACGAGAACCAUCUGUUCAGUGCGCAAGGAGCGGGAGAACAUCGAUCUGUGCCCCAGCUGCAUGUGGGGACCGAGAGUGGGCUACGACGACGUAGUGUGGCACAAGCUUGGCACGUGCGCAUGGUGGCCGGCCCGGGUGCUGACUCCGGGCUGCGUGCCGGCCUGCCUGCUGAGCAGGACCCACUCGCCGCGCCAGUGGCCUCUGCAGUACUACGGUACACUAAACUACUCAUGGGGAGAAGCCAACCGCAUGUGCCUGUUUCUGCCGAGCCACACGGCGGCGCUUGAAGGCGGCGACCCGAUGCGACAGCAAGCCGUGUUGGACGCCUGCGACGAUUAUAUCGCUGUAUAUCUGACGUAAGGCCUUACUAACCUCAGUGGUUUGUAAAUUGACCACCAUUGACCAAUAAUUUUAAGGCACAACUUCUCGAAGGUCUCGUAUUACAAAGCCUUAUUAAUAGCCUCGGUCGAUGAGAAAUUGAUUCACCAAACAGAUAGACAAUAAGGGUUUUCGCGUAUGAAAGAUCCGCUAGAUGGCGGGACGUGGAUGUGGGGUC